GGAGGGUGUUGGAUGUCAUGUGACUGUAGUGGGGAGCGUUGAAGAGGCAUAAAAGUUAGCGCACGAGCUCGAAGAGUCAUUAUUUCUUUUUCAGUUGCAGCAACAUCAGAAGCAGCAGUAGAAACUGUAGUAGAACGUUUCAAAGUAAAAAUGUCAAAUUUCUUACCAAACUCUAAUCAACUCUGUAGCGGGGAAGAGGACAUAGAAUAUGUUAUAUUUGAUGAAUAUUAUUAUAAUUCUUAUGAGGAUUCGGAUGAGAACUCCGAUGAUAAUGAGGUUGAAAUAUAUGAUAGUCAGGGUUCAACCAUCAUUCUUAGCAGCGAUGAUGAAGACACAAAUGAUAAUAAUAAUGAUAUUAAUAUAUUUGAUAUUAACUUUGGUGAAGAAGAGUUGUCAGAAUUAUUAGAAUGCGUCCCUGACAUUGAUCAAAUGUUGAAUGCAUACAACAUGUUCGAAUCUUUGCCUGAUAUUAAUCAAAUAUUGGAUGAAUACGGCAUGAUUCUACCAGAGAGUCCGAACAGUGACGUAUUAGAAAUUAAUAUUAGUGAAGAUGAGAUGUCGGAAUUACAUGAAUUAAUUCCUCCAGAAACACCACCCACUCUAAGCGAUGACACAUCCUGCAAAUCUUCACCUUAACGUCAUGACAAUUCUGAUUAAAAUACUUAUUAAAAAAAAAAAAAUUUAAUAAUUAAAUAUUUUUUUAUACAAAAUAAAAUCAUUAAAUAUUUUUUUAAAAUAUUACCUCAUGCUAGUCACAUUCAAAUGAUGCGUGCGCAUGUUGUGAGAGGGGGAAAGAGAAAGUGGGGGUAAAGAGAAAGUGGGGACUUGGUGAUUUAAACCGGUGUGCAAAGAAAGGCAGCUCAUUUAUGUUUCAGCAU